GCGCGGGGCAGGCAGCAGGCGACGGCCGCCUCGCCGCAGCCGGCCCGUCCGCCGGGCCCGCGGGCGGCGCGUCCCGGCGCAGCCCCCAGCCAGCGCCCUCAUGGCCGCGGCCAAGACAGAGAUGCAGCUCCUGCCCCCGCUGCAGAUUUCCGACCCCUUCGGCGCCUUCCCGCACUCUCCCCCCGCCAUGGACAGUCACUACCCUAAGCUAGAGGAGAUGAUGUUGCUCGGCGGCGGCGGCCCGCAGUUCCUCGCCCCACCCGGUGCGCCCGAGAGCGGGGGUUUCGGUCCCGCCGGGGAGCCCGCGGAGCAGCACUUCGAGCACCUCGCGGCAGACACUUUUCCCGACAUCUCCUUGAAUAACGAGAAAACCCUGCCAGAAACUAGCUAUCCCAACCAGACCACACGGCUGCCACCAAUAACCUACACGGGGCGCUUCUCUCUGGAGCCAGCCUCCAACAGCAGCAACACCCUGUGGCCAGAGCCCCUCUUCAGCCUGGUCAGUGGGCUGGUGGGCAUGGCAAAUCCAGCCCCUACCUCUACAUCUUCCUCAUCAUCACCAUCCUCCUCCUCGCAGAGCCCUCCUCUGAGCUGUUCUGUCCAGGCCAGCGAAAGCAGUCCGAUUUAUUCAGCUGCACCAACUUUUCCUAACUCCAGCUCUGAUAUUUUCCCUGAACCACAGACCCAGUCUUUUCCCAACCCCUCUGGAGCCCCCAUCCAGUAUCCACCUCCAGCUUAUCCAGCCACUAAAACCAACUUUCAGGUGCCCAUGAUCCCGGAUUACCUGUUCCCUCAGCAACAGGGUGAGCUCAGCAUUGUUCCAGCUGAUCAGAAGCCCUUCCCAACCCUUGAGACCAGAGCGCAGCAGCCUUCCCUAACACCAUUGUCCACUAUCAAGGCAUUUGCCACCCAGACUGGCUCCCAAGAGCUGAAGACCCUCAACAGUAACUAUCAGUCCCAACUGAUCAAGCCCAGCAGGAUGAGGAAAUACCCCAAUCGCCCCAGCAAGACCCCUCCUCAUGAGCGGCCCUAUGCCUGCCCAGUGGAGUCCUGUGACCGGAGAUUUUCACGGUCUGAUGAGCUGACUCGGCACAUCCGCAUCCACACGGGACAGAAACCUUUCCAGUGCCGCAUUUGCAUGCGGAACUUCAGCAGGAGUGACCAUUUGACCACACACAUCCGCACACACACAGGGGAGAAGCCAUUUGCCUGUGACAUUUGUGGCAGAAAGUUUGCCAGGAGUGACGAGAGGAAGAGACAUACUAAAAUCCACCUUAGGCAAAAGGACAAGAAAGUGGAAAAGGCGCCGCCAGUCUCAACUGCUUCCUCGAUUCCUGCCUACUCGUCCUCUGUGGUCACAUCCUACCCUUCCUCUAUUGCCACCACUUACCCCUCGCCGGUACGCACCGUGUAUUCUUCCCCCGCCCCCUCCUCCUAUCCCUCCCCUGCACACACCACCUUCCCAUCUCCAUCCAUAGCAACAACCUACCCCUCAGGCACUGCCACUUUUCAAACCCAAGUGGCUACCUCUUUCCCAUCUCCAGGGGUCACCAACAAUUUUGGCUCACAAGUGACCUCAGCGCUUUCAGAAAUGACAUCAACCUUUUCUCCAAGGACAAUUGAGAUUUGCUGAGCCCUCCUGCUGGAGCAGGAGUGUUUCUCUUCUGUUGGUACUAUAUCAGACAUGGAGUUUCCAAUUACUCCCCAACACCAUACGUAGCAAGGCUGCCUAACUUUUCUUUAAACUUCAGCUGCCUGAAACAGCUGCCAUUUAAGUUUUCCACCUCUGUCAAAAGACUUGCAUGGACUGUGGAUAUAAGUUCAGUAUAAUUUUCCCCGUAAACAAUAAUCUUUUAUUAGGGAGAAAGGACCUUUGAUUAAGUACAUAGCUGAUGUAAAUUGUACAUGUGCCAUGGUUUUGCUUUCAUUUAGGUACUAUUGAUGUGAAAAAAAAAUCUUUGCAUAUCCAUAUUGUAUUAUUUGGAGUUUGCAGGGCCAUAUUUUGUAACUGUUAAUUCUAUUUUAGUGACAAAGCUGUAAUGAGUUUCAAAGUUCUUUGGGAACAGCACUUACUGUAUUUGAGCAUGUUAGAGUGAUGCUAUGUAAAUAUCACCUGAUGAGAUACUCACAUGUGGCAGAUUUUUUUUUUCUUUGAAGUUACCAGUCUUGGUGCCUUUUUGUGAAGCCUUGCUGACGUCAUGCAUUUAUGUGAAUGGAUGCUUUGCAUCUUGCCUUAAAGUGAAAGGGAUGUUACUCACGGAAUGUAUGGGAGAACAUGGGAUGGCUGGGGAGGGGAGUACAAGGAAGCCCUGGGGAAGAGAAUGUAAGCAAAAAAAAAAAAAAAAAAACAAAAAAAAACAAAAACAAAAAACAAAACAAAAAAACCUCAAAGUCUAUUUUUGUUACAAAAAAUGUAAAUUUAUAUAUAUAUAUAUAUAUAUAUAUAUAUUCAAGAAUUGGAAUGUUGUAGUUACCUACUGAGUAGGCAGCAAUUUUGUAUGUUAUGAACAUGCAGUUCAUUAUUUUGUGGUUUAUUUUUACUCUGUAAUUGUGUUUGUUCAAAUGAAAGUGACUGGCUUCUAAACACAUUGAAUGCGCUUUCCUGCCAAUGGGUUAUUUGGUGUACAAUGCCCUUCAGAAAAAAUAAAUAAAAUAUCAAACCA